GCCGCCCACACAAACCGCUUUUGUGCUUUUCGAAGAUUCUCUCCAUCUCGUCGCCAACCCAUAUCCACGCCACACCAGUCGCCAUGUCGGACGCCAAGGACAAGACCGCCAACCCCAUGCGCGAGCUGCGCAUCCAGAAGCUCGUGCUCAACAUCUCCGUCGGCGAGUCUGGUGAUAGACUUACCCGUGCCGCCAAGGUGCUCGAGCAGCUGUCCGGUCAGACUCCUGUCUACUCCAAGGCCCGCUACACCGUCCGUACCUUCGGUAUCCGCCGUAACGAGAAGAUCGCUGUCCACGUUACCGUCCGCGGCCCCAAGGCCGAGGAGAUUCUCGAGCGUGGCCUCAAGGUCAAGGAGUACGAGCUCCGCAAGCGCAACUUCUCCGAGACCGGUAACUUCGGUUUCGGUAUCUCCGAGCACAUCGAUCUCGGUAUCAAGUACGACCCCGGCAUCGGUAUCUACGGCAUGGACUUCUUCUGCUGCAUGACCCGCCCCGGUGAGCGUGUUGCCAAGCGCCGCCGCGCCAAGGCCUCCAUCGGUUCCAACCACAAGAUCCACCAGACCGAGACCAUGAAGUGGUUCAAGAACCGCUUCGACGGUAUCAUCCGGUAAAUGUCUUAACUGACAUGUUGAGGAAGCGGGGAAGGCCGGUUGGAAACUUGUGAUUUACGAUGCAUCGAAGGGAGCCAAAAAUUUUUCUCCGCCCCAAACCCCAAAAGAAACAAAAAUCGGCCCAAUGUCAGACCCCCUCGUCGAUACAACCGGCCGGGCUCCUGAUCUUUGCGUCGGAUAUGGUGUUCUGAAACUCUUUUUUAUUCUCUCACGGCAACCAGGAUUAGGCGUGUUAGAGACAUGAAUUUACUACCACCUUGCAAAACUUUUUUGCGUUUCCCAUCCCUUUUCACAAUGAAGGCUGCACGAAAGGUGUUGUUCUCCGCAUAACCAUUGCUGAAAGGGCAUGGCUGGCUUCCGAGACUUUGCCGUCUCGGAUGUCAUGUCAUGACUCGCUUGACUUGGUCGAAUGAUCUCGUCAAAGAGUCGGUCUCUUUGCCUUCGAUGACCUGCCAAGGUUAUUGAGAUGUGCAAGAGUACCUCUAUCUGGCCUCUCUCUCUGUCUGUUGCUGUCUACACCUGGUGCCGCUCUUCUGCGUAGUCGUAGGUUCGCGUAGGCUCUCGUAGGAUUCCGUAGUAUACCGCGCGUGCCCUUCAUCAUCGCUGCACUAACCCUCUUGGCUUUCUCAGCGGCCGUUCUUCCAUUGGGAUCCACUUGAUAUGAAUUACAAGUCUAGAACUAUUCUUGGACUUCCAGCGACGCCACGGCCAGCCGACUCUCCAGUCGACGGUCCAUUGCCACUUAAUUCGUAUUGAUCACUCGGUCAUUUUGCAGCAAUCUUU